ACAACUGACCGCGGCGUAUGGGGCGCGUUGGUCAGGGUAUAGGUCACUGCUGGGGGCGGGACGGUAGUGACGGCGCCCGGGGCCGGGAUGGACGACCCGGGACAGUCCGAAAGCGCGCCAGGCACGUGACACGCCGCGAGGUGCGCACAUGCUGCCAACACUCGUUAGGCAGUGGCGUUCUCGGACGCCGAAGGUCGGCCUGAAUAGUGGCCUGCGCGAGCAGGGAGGGGUGCGGAGAGGGACGUCUGGUGACACGGUGCCGGGCCUUAGAGCCAGGCCAGCCGCCGGCCGCCGGUCAGUGUUGGUGCCACGUCGCUCCGAGUAACAUCCGAGCCUCUCGUGUCUGGUGGGCAAGUGACCAGCAACAAAUCGCCUCAUCCGUCAGAAGUGAUCACUGGUCCCUCUCCAGUACAGCGUCUGUUGCGGGGGGCAGGAGCUCAUCCCUGAGUUAAACUCUGACCUGAGAUGGCCCCGCCGAUCGCCGACCCCACCGCGCCGGCAGCAGACUGCAACGGCACUCCGACGCCGUCCAUAGCCGUGCCGCAGAAGACCGACCCUAUCGCCAAUGGCAGCGCGGCCAGCUCCUACCCGGACAAGUACUUCGUGGCCACCUCGGAGAUGGCGCAGCUGAGCCUGCCGGCCGACAGCGUGCCCUAUGUGUCCGGCUCGGACAGCUCUCCCGAGCUGCCGCGGCGCCGCCAGCCCAGCCAGCGACUAGCCGACGACACCGUCAUGUUCGACCCGUGGUGCGACCCGGCCAACCCGCGCACACUACACUUCCAGGACGUCUGCGAGGCCGCCUACAAGAUCAAAUCGGGCAUCAUGUCCACGCCGUGCACGCGCUCCUACAUCUCCGAGGAGUGCAACAUGCAGCUGUUCUUUAAGAAGGACUACAUGCAGUACACGGGGAGCUUCAAGGAGCGCGGCGCGCGAUACACGCUGAUGAUGCUGACGGCGGACCAGCGGAAGGCGGGCGUCGUCGCCGCCUCGGCCGGUAAUCACGCGCUGGCACUCUGUUACCACGGCCGGGAGCUGGGCGUCAGCGUCACCGUCGUCAUGCCAAUCAUCGCGCCCAUCAUGAAGGUCCAGUCGUGCCGUAACUUUGGCGCAAACGUCAUCGUGCGCGGCGACGACCUGGCCCAGUCCAAGGAGAUCGCCAUGACCAUGGCCAAGGAGGACGGCAUGAUGUACAUCAACGGCUACGACCACCCCAACAUCCUGGCCGGCCAGGGCACCAUGGGCCUGGAGAUGAUGGAGCAGGUGUCGAACCUGGACGCCGUGGUGGUGCCCGUCGGUGGCGGCGGACUCAUCGCAGGCGUGGCGCUCGCAGUGAAGUCGCUCAACCCCAACGUGCUGGUAAUUGGGGUCGAGUCGGAGAAGUGCGCCUCUUUCUCAGCGGCGGUGGAGCACGGCAGCCCCGUGCACACGCGCUGCCACUCGACCCUCGCCGACGGCCUGGCCGUGCCGCUGGUCGGCGUCAACGCCUUCGCCACCGCCGCGCCGCUCAUCGACAAGAUGGUGCAGGUGUCUGAGGAGCAGAUCGCCAUCAGCAUCCUGCGUCUGGUCGAGGUCGAAAAGGCCGUGGUGGAGGGCGCCGGCGCGUGCGGCCUGGCCGCCAUCCUGUCCGGCGCACUGCCCGAGCUGCGCGGCAAGCGCGUGGUGGUGCCGCUGUGCGGCGGCAACAUCGACACCACCAUCCUGGGCAGGUGCCUGGAGCGCGGCCUGGCCGCCGAGGGUCGCCUCUGCAAGUUCACCGUCACGGUCAGCGACCGGCCCGGCGGGAUCGCCGAGCUGACGCGGCUCCUCGCCAAACUCGGCGUCAGCAUCAAGGACAUCAUGCACGAGCGCGCCUGGAUCCGCAACGACAUCUACAGCGUCGAGGUCAAGGUGGUGGCCGAGACCAUCAACGCGGCGGAGACGUACCGGCUGCGGGACGCCCUGUGCACUGCCUACGAGUUCGUGCGGUUCGGACCCGUCUGCGGCACCUACGACUGAGCGGCGCCAGGCGGCAGCACCGCGCCCGGCGUGUCGUCUCAGACGGAGGACCGGGCGGACGACAGAGGGCACUGCGCACUGUCCCCGCGGCGUGACACGUAUCGGGGACAGAAUAUCUACCGUGCAGCCGGGGACACCCCGAGCGUCGCGGACCGCGGCAGGACAAAGGCGGAGGGAGGAAAUGUGUAUCCGGGGCCGCGUUUGGAGGCCGUGAUCGGCACGAAGCUGUUAAAUGGAGGAUGACUGGCCUGACCACUGACCAGACACUGGCGCGAUUUGCAUGGCUAAAUUAUUCAGAGCUCGCAGUAGCUGAGCGAGUGAACAGUCAUGCAUUUCGGCCAGCACCUGUAUAAAUACAUCAGUUGUUUUCA